GUGGAAGUAGCGUACAAGCGGGGCUACUUUGAUGAGGAAAUGAACCGGAUCCUCUCUGAUCCCACAGACGACACCAAGGGCUUCUUUGACCCAAACACACACGAAAACCUCACUUACCUGCAGCUUCUGCAGCGGUGCCUGCCCGAUCCAGAGACUGGUUUGCUGCUGCUCCACGUCAUGGACAAGGGCUGGUCCUCCUCUUACCUCAACGAGAACAUCAGGAAGGCUUUGCAGGCGGCCAAGAGCAAGAUCAGCGUAGGGCUCUUCCAGGACCAAGAGGUUUCUGUGUGGGACCUCCUCUUCUCCAGAUACAUCCUUCCGUCCAAGAGGCAGGACUUGCUGAGGCAGCACAAAGCAGGCACCAUGACACUUGAGCGCCUCACCCAAGUCCUCAUCGCCAUCGUCACCGAGGCAGAGGAAAAGAGCGUCAGGCCCAUCGGUCACAAAGAAGCUCCCAGCCAACCAGCCACGACAGCAGAUGCUGGCACAGAUCAACCAAGCCUCAGAGAGCCCUGGAUGAAGACCCUCGAGGCCACGACUGUGGAUAUGCCUGCAGGCAACUGCCAAGGGCAGAGGGUCACUCUGUGGGACCUGCUCUUCUCAAACAACAUCCCUGAGGAAAAGAGGACAGAGUUACUGGACUUGUACAAAAGUGGGCUCCUGUCAACGGAGCGGCUCAGCAGCAUCCUCCACACACUGGUUGCCAAAAAGGAAGCCACUGGCAGGAAGCUCAAUGUGAAGGUGAGGAGUCCAGAUCAACAGGCGGUGGCGGUGGUGGCAGCGGCGGCAGAACACCAGCCUCUGAGGGAUUCUUCCUUAGACCCGGCAAACUGGGAAAGCGCCCUGCGCUCUCAGCUCCUCCCAGCACCUUCCGCUGACCAACAGUCCUCCGCUUGGGACAUCCUGUUCUCCGAGCGCUUCGCAGAGCAUGAACGGGAAGAGCUUCUGGGCAGAUACAGGAGGGGCAGCCUCCCCCUUAAGGAGCUCACAAAGAUUCUCUCCGACCGCCUUCCCAGGACCACAAGCAGCAAACGUCAUCUUCCCAUGGACUUCCACACACCCAGCUCAAGCACCGAGGCCAAAGAGGCCAAAGAAGAGGGGGAAAAUGAUGCUGGCGACCUGGGAGACAAAGAGGAGGCUCUGAAGUCCCGGAUGGUGGAGGUCACCGCUGCGGCGUUUGACGGGCGUAAAGUGUCGGUGUGGGACGUGCUUCAUUCCAAGUACAUCCCUGAGGAGAAAAGGAAGGAGCUUCUACAACUGUACCAAUCGGGCAUCCUCACCAUUGACCAGAUGGAGACCGUGGUCUCCGCCAUUGUCAAUAAGACAGAGGAAAUGAAAAAGAAAGAACCGUCCCACGCUCCCUUGCCUUCUGGCUCCUGGGAAGGUCCCUUGCGUAACCAGACCAUGACCCUGCAAGUUGGCGAGUUUCAAGGACAGAGGAUCUCCGUCUGGGAACUCCUCUUCUCCCAAAGCAUUCCAGAAGGCCAAAGAGAGGAGCUGCUGAUGAAAUACCGAUUGGGAUCCUUGACCAUUCAGGAAAUGAUCACCAUCCUGACCUCACUUCACGCCAAGGACAGGACUUCUUCCCCAGGAGAGGAAACCACUCUUCCCUCCCAGCACAAUGAACUGGAACGCACCUUGCGACAGGUGACCAUAGACGUGCCUGUGGGUGAGUUUCAAGGCUCCAGGCGAUCCGCGUGGGAGCUCCUCUUCUCCAAGUACGUGACUGCAGCCAAGCGCCAGGAGCUGCUGCUGAAGUACCAAGAGAGGUCUGUGGCCCCAGGCGAGCUGGUCCAGAUUCUCACCACCCUGAUUGAAGAGAUGGAAGAGAAGGGCAACCAGCUGAAGUUCUCGGGGCUCAGGAAGCAGGUGUCGGCCUCAGAACUGUUCGACUCCCACAUCAUCAACCAGGCCACACUCUCCGAGCUCGCACAAGGCACCAAGACGGUGGAAGAGGUCACGGAAAUGGAUUCGGUGAAGAGGUACCUGGAAGGCAACAGCUGCAUCGCUGGCGUGCUGGUGCCCUCCAGGACAGACCCUUCCAAGUCAGAGAAGAUGACCAUCUACCAGGCCAUGCGGAAAGGCAUUCUGAGGCCAGGCACGGCCCUGGUGUUGCUGGAGGCACAGGCUGCCACG